AGAAAGAAUAAAUUAUGCUUAUGGCUUGGCUCUAUCAAGCUACAAACAUACUACAAUAGACUCUACUUUUACUACAACAGACUUAGCAUACACAAAAUUAUGUCCCGGACAUAACAUAGG